AUGAGCAGCUUCUAUUUGACGCACGAGUUGCAUUUCUCUCCCCAUCCGAAUCUGACUCAAUAUUUUAUCCCUCCAACGGACGCGGAUUUCCAAGAGCGCUUGGAGCAGCACCGGAGGGAAAUCGCCCUCAUGUUGAGAUCGUCGGAAUUCAACCAGGACAAGACGGCCCUGAUCGUCACCAACAACCCGUUUCCUCUGCUCGUUUCUGGCCAACACCUCACCACCCCGUUCCAGUACUUCCCCAAAGAUUUGUCCAGGAGGCCUUACCCGCAGAGCUUCCGGGGUCAAGCCCCCCGCUUCUUGCCCCCAGUGGGGGUCUCAUCCAAGGAACCCCCCGGGAUGGAAACCAAAAAGCUGAAAAUCCCCACGCAAUUAAGGUUCACCAACAAGAAGGAUUUCAAAGGCGAAGCCCGCUUUUCCAAAAAUUACGCCGAGAGGCGUUUACAAAGGUUGUAUCCUCAGUUGCACCUUCAUUCCAGACUAGAUGAUUUGAAAAAUCAGCCUCUUCCGAGGAUUGAAGGAUGGUCUGCCACGCAGUUUCAGUGGGAGCCUCUCACCCUUUCCUGCCUGACCGAAAUGAAACCCACAUUUAUCGUCCCCGGAGAAGACGGCUUUAGACACGGGAACGCCCCUCUCUGGAUUGUAAAUAACUCAGUGGUAUUAAAUUCCCCCUAG